AAUAAUUGAGAACCGCCACUUGGUGCACACAUCCACUACCUUCUCUCUCUUCUUCUCUCUAUCAAUUGGUGCACGGAUAAAGCAAUAACACGGUAAAGUUUCACACUUUUCCCCCAUUUCCAUUUGCUUCUCAUCUGGGUCACACGGGAAAACAAUUGAGAUGGAAGACAGAGAGAAUUGACUUGAACUGCAAGAUAGUCCAAGGAGAAGAAGAGCGAAAGAUUGGAUUUCUUUUUGCAGAAGUAGAGAAUAAGAGUGAUUGUUGAUGAUGGAGUCUUCGAAGGCUCUGCGGUUCAUAACACACCAAUCGUUGUUCUCGACCGUUCGAUCUGGGAACCUUGAUGAGCUGAAGAAGCUGGGAGCAGCUAAUCUGAAGGACGUGUUCAGCUUCUUGCUCAAACUCUGUGACUUCGAGAUAGUGAAGAUCAGGUCCAAGUCUGACAUGAACGCCUUUCAUGUUGCAGCCAAGCGUGGUCAUCUUGAUAUUGUGAGGGAGUUUUUGAGUACUUGGCCAGAGCUUUGUAAGUUAUGUGACUCAUCAAACACCAGCCCGCUAUAUGCGGCUGCUGUUCAAGAUCAUCUGGAUGUGGUCAAUGCUAUCUUGGAUGUGGACGCCAGUUCCAUGAUGAUAGUUAGGAAAAAUGGGAAAACUUCCCUGCACAAUGCUGCUAGGUAUGGUAUGGUUCGAAUUGUGAAAGUUCUUAUUGCCCGGGAUCCAGCAAUAGUCUCCAUCAAAGAUAAAAAAGGUCAAACUGCACUUCACAUGGCUGUCAAAGGACAGUGUAGUGCAGUGGUGGAGGAGAUAUUACAAGCUGAUCCAACUAUACUGAACGAACGGGACAAGAAAGGCAAUACAGCUCUUCACAUGGCUACUAGGAAAGGCCGUGAGCAGAUUGUGGCCCUUUUGCUAUGCUAUACCGCCAUGGAAGUUAACGCCAUCAAUAAGCAGCAGGAAACAGCUUUGGAUUUGGCAGAUAAACUGCCGUAUGGAGAUCCGUCUUUGGUAAUUAAGGAAGCCCUUGCAGAGUAUGGUGCCAAGCAUGCCAGGAAUGUCGGAAAAAUAGAUGAAGCCAUGGAACUCAAAAGAACUGUCAGUGACAUAAAACAUGAGGUGCAGUCACAACUUAUACAAAAUGAAACUACUCGUAGACGAGUUUCUGGAAUUGCCAAGGAACUGAAGAAACUUCAUAGGGAAGCAGUUCAGAACACCAUUAAUUCUGUCACAGUCGUGGCUGUCCUUUUUGCCUCAAUAGCAUUCCUGGCCAUAUUCAAUUUGCCUGGUCAGUAUAUAACAGGAGGAUCAGAUGCAGGGAAGGCCAAUAUUGCCAAUCGUCUUGGCUUCAAAGUUUUCUGCCUUCUGAAUUCUACAUCUCUCUUCAUCUCACUUGCAGUCGUCGUAGUUCAAAUCACUUUAGUAGCAUGGGACACAAGGGCUCAAAGGCAGGUUGUAUCAGUGGUUAACAAGCUAAUGUGGGCUGCAUGUGCUUGCACAUGUGGUGCUUUUCUUGCAAUAGCUUUUGAAGUUGUUGGAGAACACACAUGGAUGGCCUUGACCAUCACCAUUUUGGGAGUACCAAUUCUAGUUGGAACACUAGCAAGCUUGUGCUACUUUGUUUUUCGACAACAUUUUGGUGUUUUCCGCAGCGAUUCACAGAGGCGAAUCAAGAGAGCUAGCGGAAGCAAAUCUUUUUCAUGGUCGUACUCUGCAAAUAUAUCAGACUUGGACGAAUAUAAUUCCGACAUUGAAAAGAUCUAUGCUCUGUGAGAACAUACAUAGCAUCGGAUGCAACUUUUUACUGAAACUGAGGUGAAAAUGUUAGAGCAGUAGAAUGGAGUAUUCACCUGUUUUCAGAUGAAGUUUCAGGUUGUAGUAGGCUGUGCAAAUCUGUUUAAUUUGCUCAUAUCUUGAUUGUUAAGAUCAAUAAUCAGCUCUCGGAUGUAGAUUUGUGUAUAUUAUAUUAUAAGUGAUGGAAAGGAAGUGCACUAAAGUUUUAAAUUUGGAAUAAGAAAUUUCAUCAUAACACGAAAUC